CAAAACAUCGAUUAGAAGUAAUGUUACGGAAAUUGACCUAUGAGAGAGGCGCUAUAACAAAGGCAAUGACCUUUUCCAUUGAUCAUUCUUACGCUGCUGAUGAGAUAGUGGAUAUAAUCUGUAAAACUACUUGUUGUUAA